CUUCUCCCUUGUGUGUGUUCAUCUCAUCCAACAGCCUCUUCCAGUCGUGCAGUCCACGAGCAGCGGUCUUUUGAGCGCAAGACCGAGGAAGAUGAUGGGAAAAAGCAGGCUGUGGUGACGUGGCUGGGAGAGUUUCAGCUGCAGUUCUACACCACCCAUUUCCUCACUGCAGGAUAUGAUCUAGACACCAUUAGUUGCAUGACCCCUGAGGAUCUGACGGCAAUUGGCGUUAUGAAGCCUGGACAUCGAAAGAAGUUAUUGUCAGAAAUCAGCAAGGUGCCCUCCACAGACUGGCUGCUUGACCACAAACCUGCCAACCUGGCAGACUGGUUGUCUCACCUUGGUCUCAGCCAGUACUACCAAGUUCUUGUCCAGAAUGGAUAUGAAAACAUUGACUUUGUUUCAGACAUCAGCCUUGAAGAUCUGCAAGAGAUUGGCAUCGCUAAGCUCGGACAUCAGAAAAAAUUGAUGUUGGGAGUAAAGAAACUCAAGGAACUACAAGGAGGAGGAAGUGGCUCAGAGCCUCCUCAGAGUCCCACUUCUCCUCCUUCCAGCCCAGGAGGAAGCACCUCCUCAGAGUCACGCAGGGAGGCAAGGAAACUGAGGGAGGGGGCCCCUAGCCCGCUGGCCAAAGCUCGCCCAGGUCUCACUUCUUCACAAACACCUCCCCACACACCGAACCAGACACCCCCACAAACCCCUCCACAUGCCCGCACCCAGCAGGCCUCCCCUAGGGCUCGCCCAAGACCGUCCACCCAAACAUCCGCUUUCGAUCCAUUGAUACCGCUUUUGCGACUGCCAUGUGAGGAGGAGGAACGACGGAGGACUCACAGCCUCAUCGGCUCUGAAUUGGACUCCCGAUACGCCACCGUGUGCCGAAGCAGCUCCACUCAUACUGCUGCACCUAAUGAUGUUACCGUUAACCGCAGCCAGUCAUCUGUCACCCUCCGUCCCCGUCGGAAAGGCCGACCUCCUACACCACCUAAACGCUCCUGUUCUUCCAUCACCGGUGGCGACGGGGACAGUGAAGGACAGGGGAUGGGGCUUUUGGGUCUGCCAACCUAUCGAGAGAGGCGAGCCAGUGACUGUGGCAGCUUGGGAGCAGCGUUGAGAGCUCAGGACUCUGCUGGCCUUCAGCGAUCAGAGGGGGCUUCUGGGAGUGUCCGCAGUCUCGCAGCCAUGUUGGAAACAUCAAUGGUGCCAAGAAAUGUGGGAAGUGGCACCAACUUCCUACAGGCGAGUCCUCCUCUGCUCCGUCCACAGGCUGGAGCUGGAGGUCUGGGACCAUCUGAGGAUGAUGUUGCAAACCGGCGCAGGACCAUCAGUGGACUUGAAAACCUUCCUGAUGAGACUCCUGACCAGUUACCUCAACAACCUGUCAAGCGACGUCCAGAACCUCGACCUCGCUCCAUUGUGGCCACCUCAGCAUCUGAGAUCACAGAUGCAACAGCUACGCUCAGGAGGAAACCACGUCCUCCAACUACAGAAUCUGAAGCCCUCACAUCAACAGCUACUACUGUAAUAACCAUGACAACUGGCUCAGAAACAAUACACAGAUCACGCACAACAGAACAAACCGAAUCAGUUACUCAAAGCAAUAAUCAAUCAAAUUCUCCUGAGGGGACCCAGAAAAACGUGGGCGAGGCGAAGCAGAAUGGGGGUGUAGUGCUGAGGCGGAGGCCAGUGUCUGAGGCCUCUGAGAGGACGGAGGCCGGCAGCGAGACCUGUGAGUGGAUGGAAGCCAGAAAGUCUCUGAAGCCACCGGUCUCACCCAAGCCUUCUACAGGCUCCCUGAGAAAGACCCAGACAGACCCACCUACUCCGACUCGAAGAGUCCCCAUACCAGGACCAGAUAAUGCUGAGCCAGCACAGAGUCCCGAGCCAAAGCGUGUCCCUCCUCCUGUAUCACCAAAACCCCGUGGGCCUCCAACAGCUCCCAAACCAGGAAAAGCAGCAGUAGCUUCAGCUGCCGCGAGCCCCAGCCCUGCCUCUACCAGUCCAGCUGCUACUAGUCCCACUGUGGCCCCCAGACCCUUCUCUCCUCCGGCUGCUGCUCCACUCCCAGCUCCUGACACCCCUUCUGCUCCCUCUCUUUCUCCGGGACUCCCUCUCACAUCCACCUCUCCGGCCCAGAGUCCUUCUACUUCGUCACCACACCCAGUCAAACCUCCCCGCUCCUCCAUUGCCAGCCUCUCCAUUGACCUGCUGGGAGGACGGGAGGCAGAGGAGGAAGAGGAGAGAAUAAGAGAGAGGGAGCAUCAGAGGAAAACAGAACAGGAGGAGAAGAAGAAAAGGGCAGAGGAUGAAAACUUGAAGGAGAUGGAAAGGAGGCCUUUGAGGAGAGAGAAAGCAAAAGAAGAGAGUCAAGAAGAAGGAGGAGAGCAAGAAGGGAUGAUUCAGCAUCGUUUGGAGACCAGUGCCUCCUUGACUGUAGAGCAUAAAAUCAGAGAGGAGGACAGACCAAAUGACAAAAAAGCAACAGUCUCCAUCCUUGAUGACAUCGGCAGUAUGUUUGAUGACUUGGCAGACCAGCUGGAUGCAAUGCUGGACUGAUCUCCCAUCCACAUGCUUUUUUCCAACAACGUCCUCCCUUCUGUCCGCCUCAUUGUGUGUAGGUGUACAAAGAAAAGUCUUUCCCAAGGCUAAAUGCUGGCGUGCAAUUUUUUUUUGUAAGAGCUUCCCGAGUAUCCUCAUGCAGAUACCAAGUAGUGGGAGAGCUGUUUGUUGCUCCUUUUCUUGCUGCAAGGAAAAUGCUCCCACACAACCUCUGACCUCUGCAGCCCACAUGACGAUGCCUCCACCCAGCCCCAGACGGCUACGUGGACCAAGAAGCACAAUCUUUUCGUGUAUCCUUUUAUCUGAUAAGCAUAUUGCUUGCAAACCUAAGCACAUAAAUAGUCUGACAGGCAGAUUGAUAACCUGAUAGAAAACAGAGGGUUUUUUUAAAAAAGCACACAGAAAGAAAAGCUGCUGUCUGAGUCCUCCAGUCU